AAACUUAUGCGACUGCAAUUUGAGCUUAGAGCGAAUAGCAGAGGUUAAUCGUGGUUUAGGAAGUCGACGUUAUUGUCAACUAGAAAGAAAUGAAGAGGCAGUUCAAUGUUUCGAACAAAUGUUAAGACUUAUGACCGUUAUUGGAGACAAGAAAGGUAUAGCUGAUGCUAAGAUGAGUUUGGGGAGGUUUUCAAAUCCCGCUUUAGAGGCGCAAAACAGUAUCGAUGUGGGAAACGCUUACGUGAAUUUAGGUCAUUAUGACCAGGCUAUCGACUGUUUCAGAAACUCGUUACAGAUAGCAACGGCAAUCGGCAACCAAUAUGGUAUAGCUCGUGCUAAUAUGUAUUUGGGAGAUGUUUACAAAAGAUUAAAAGACUAUGAAAAAGCUAUUAGCUAUUUGAUAGAAAGCUUAAAAAUUAGCACGACCAUUGGCAAUACGUAUUUAAUGGCAGAAAGCAAUCGCCAGUUAGGUAAUAUUUAUUAUUCUUUAGGAAAGGGGGAAAUCGCAAUUAGCCAUUGGAAAAAAGCAUUAGAAUUAGGAACAGCAAUUGACAAUCAAGGAAUAAUAGCAAAGGUCAAUCACAGUUUAAGCUACACUUACGUUCAGCUAGGAAGAAACGACGAGGCACUUUUAUGUCUCGAAGAAGCGUUAAGACUUAUGACCGCUAUUGACGACCAGAAAGGGAUAGCUGAUGCUAACAUGAGUUUGGGCAGAUUUUAUCAAAGAACGAAAGACUAUAAAAAGGCAAUUAGCUUUUGGAAAGUCAGCUUAGAAAUUAGCACGGCUAUUAGUGAUCAGCCAUCAAUGGCAGAACAGAAUAGAAAUCUAGGUGAUCUUUAUCGUUGUAUAGAAAAGUGGGAAAGCGCAAUUGACCAUUAUAAGAAAACAUUAGAAUUGGGAAAACCAAUGGGCGAUCAAGAAAAAAUAGCAGAUGUCAAUUGUAACUUAGGCAAUUGUUACAGUAAACUAGAAAGCAAUGAAGAGGCAGUUCAAUGUUUUGAAGAAAUGUUAAGACUUAUGACCGCUAUUGGCGACCAGAAAGGUAUAGCUCAUGCUAAUAUGUAUUUAGGAGAUGUUUACGAAAGAUUAAAAGAUUAUGAAAAAGCUAUUAGCUGUUUGAAAGAAAGCUUAGAAAUUACCACGACCAUUGGCGAUACGUAUUUAAUGGCAGAGAGCAAUCGCCAGUUAGCGAAUAAUUAUUAUUCUUUAGGAAAGUGGGAAAUCGCAAUUAACCAUUGGAAAAAAACAUUAAAAUUAGGAACAGCCAUUGGCAAUCAAGGAAUAAUAGCAAAGGCCAACCACACUUUAAGCUACUCUUAUAUUGAGCUAGGAAGAAACGACGAGGCACUUUCAUGUCUCGAAGAAGCGUUAAGACUUAUGACCGCUAUUGACGACCAGAAAGGGAUAGCUGGUGUUAAUAUGAGUUUGGGGAGAUUUUAUCAAAGAACGAAAGACUAUGAAAUGGCAAUUAGCUAUUUGAAAGUCAGCUUAGAAAUUAGCACGGCCAUUAGUGAUCAGUCAUCAAUGGCAGAACAGAAUAGAAAUCUAGGUGAUCUUUAUCGUUGUAAGAAAAAGUGGGAAAGCGCUAUCGACCAUUAUAAGAAAACAUUAGAAAUGGGAAAAGCAAUGAGCGAUCAAGGGGAAACAGUAAAUGUCAAAUGUAAUUUAGGCAUUUGUUACAUUAAACUAAAAAGAAAUGAAGACGCACUUCAAUGUUUCGAAGAAACGUUAAGAAUUUUCACCGCCAUUGGCGACAAGAAAGGAAUAGCUGAGAGUAAUAGCCGUUUAGGACACAUCUAUUCUUUUUUCAGUGAAUAUGAAAAGGCAUUUGCUUACUUGAAUCGCGCUUUAAACAUAUAUAAUGCUAUUGAUGACCAAGAUGGAAUUAAAUAUGUCAGUAACGAAUUGGGCCGUGUUCACCAGCAUAAAGGUGAAUACAGCAAAGCCAUCGAAUGGCACAGAAAAUCUUUAGAGAUAGCAAAUACGGUCUCUGACAAAAAAGGUAUAGUAGAAGCCAAUUAUGAUUUGUCAUCAAUUUACCAAAGAAUAGGAGAGAAUGAGAAGGCCAGUAGCUAUAUAAAAGAUAGCUUUAAAAUCGCCAUGGCUAUUGGUAAUCAGUCAUUAAUUGCAAAAUACUAUUUCUAUUCAGGUAAUAUAGAAUUUAAAUUCAAAAAGUGGGACAAAGCAAUUGACCAUUAUGAGAAAGCAUCUAAAAUUUUCAUAGCAGAGGGCGAUCAAACUGCCAUAAUCACGAUCAAUGGCAACUUGGGAACUUGUUACCGUGAACUAGGGAUGUAUGAUAAGGCUUUGAAUUAUCACAAAGAGAGUUUAGAAUUAGCCAAAACGACUGGAAUGCGAUCAGGGAUUGCAGAAGCAAACAGAGAUAUGGGCAUCAUUUAUAGACUGUUAGGUGAUAGUGAAAAAGCCAUUGAAUAUGGUACAAAAAGUUUAGAAAUAAGCACCAUUAUUGGCGAGCCGUUUAUGAAAAUACGCAGUUGUGAAGAACUUGCAAAUGUUUAUAAGAGUUUAGGAGAAUAUAAACUGGCAUCAUCAUAUUUAGUAAAACUUAUUAAAAUUCUAGAAGAGCAGUUCCAAAAUAAGGUUCCAGAUGAAAACAAACUCUCCUUCACAACUUUUUUCUGUAGGGCCCAUGGAGAGUUAAUGAGUUGUUUUGUUUCUUUGGGGCGAAUAGAAUCAGGAUUAUUAGUGACUGAUCUGGGAAGGGCUAAAGAGCUCCAUUUUUCUAUUGAAAGAAAACAAAAUUAUUUCGAUGCACAAUUGUCUCAUUACGCACAAUCAAUAUGGAGCAAAAUUGAGAAAAGUGAAGAAAAUCGAGAAAUAGAGCGAAUACAGAACAUCCUUCAGGUAAAAAAUGAUGAAAUUUCAAUAGUGUUAUUUGCGUUUGAUUUCAAUGAAGGGUCUCUGAAAGUUUGGGUUUUGAAUAGUGAUGUCACCUUUAAGUGCUUACAUGCAUCGAAUAUAUGGGCGUUUGUGAUGAAUUUUUCCGCAAGGAGAGGUGUCAACGUUAAUCGAGAUUCUUCAUUUUUUAAACUUGAUUCACUUGCGAAGGAACAUACUUUUGAAAGUCCUAUGAUCUCACCGCCAACCAAGCCGUGCAAAAGGGAAAAGCCUGAAGGCUGGCUUGAAAAACAUUCGAGCGCCGAUAAUUGCAGUGAUGAAAAUAGUUUGAAAAAGCUGUUCGAUUUUCUCAUUCAACCGAUAAGAGAUGCCGUCAAAGGAAAUAAGCUCAUUGUUGUUCCUCACGGGCCACUGUUUUUUGUACCAUUUUCUUCCCUGAUUGAUGAAAAUAGGAAGUAUUUAUCCCAGAGUUACAGCAUUCAAAUAACGCCCUCAUUACACACUCUGACGUUUACAAAAGAACAACCCCAUGAGUCUGACCUCGGUUUUGCGUUGUUUGUUGGUAAUCCAAAAGUUGGGAAGGUUUCUUUGCAUGGCGAAGCUGUCACACCUGCUGACCUACCCAAAGCAGCUGAGGAAGUUAUAAGUCUCUCGAAGCUCUUCACAGCUAGGCCUCUCGUAAAUGCUGAAGCGAAAAAACAGGUUGUUCUCAGACUUCUAAGUGGUGCUAGUAUAAUUCAUAUUGCUGCUCAUGGUGAACGAAAGAGAGGUGAAAUAAUGCUUGCUCCUGACCCUUCUUUAAAUGAACCAUCUUCUUCUCUUCCUAAGGAAGAUUCCUAUCUCCUCACACAACAGGAUAUUACGAGUAUUUCAUUGCAAGCUCGCUUGGUCGUCCUAUGCUGUUGUUACACUGGAAAAGGUGAGCUUUCUCCAGAAGGUGUCAUAGGUGUAGCUCGGUCUUUUCUUGCUGCUGGAGCUCGCUCUGUUCUCGCCACACUCUGGCCCAUUAGUGAUGAUGCAACAAAGGAGUUUAUGGAAGCAUUCUACGGCGAACUGCUACAGGAAACACCAGUUUGUGAAGCUUUAAGAAGGGUAAUGAACCUCUUUCAGCAACAUGAAAGAGAAGAUUACCGCUCGUUUUUAAUUUGGGCUCCAUUUACUCUCUUUGGACAUGAUGUGAUGUUUACAAAAGGCGACAUUAAAACAAUCAGAGAAAAAUCCAGUCGAACUCUACCCGAGGGUGGUUUUGCGUUGUUUGUUGGUAAUCCAAAAGUUGGGAAGGUUUCUUUGCAUGGCACAGAUUUUACACCUACUGAUCUACCCAAAGCAGCUGAGGAGGUUGCAAGUCUUUCGAAGCUUUUCACAGCAAGGCCUCUCGUAAAAGCUGAAGCAAAAAAACAGGUUGUCCUCGGACUUUUAAGUGGUGCUAGUAUAAUUCAUGUUGCCGCUCAUGGUGAACCAAAGAAAGGAGAAAUAUUGCUUGCUCCUUCGAAUGAACCAUCCUCGUCUCACCAGAAUCCAGAUUCCUUUCUUCUCACACAAAACGAUAUUAGGAGUACUUCAUUGCGAGCUCGCUUAGUUGUUUUAUGCUGUUGUUAUACUGGUGAAGGGGAGAUUUCUUCAGAAGGUGUCAUAGGUGUAGCACGGUCUUUUCUUGCUGCUGGAGCUCGCUCUGUUCUCGCCAGACUCUGGCCCAUUAGUGAUGAUGCAACAAAGGAGUUUAUGGAAGCAUUGUACGGGGAACUGCUUCAGGAAACACCAGUUUGUGAAGCUUUAAGAAGGGUAAUGAGCCUUUUUCAGCAACACGAAAGAGAAGAUUACCGCUCGUUUUUAAUUUGGGCUCCAUUUACUAUCUUUGGACAUGAUGUGAUGUUUACAAAAGGCGAGAUUAAAACAAUCAGAGAAAAAUCGAGCGAAACUCUACCCGAGUGUGGUUUUGCGUUGUUUGUUGGUAAUCCAACGUCAGACUUGCCUAAAGCCACUGUGGAGGUUAAUUGUCUUUCAAAGCUUUUCAAAGCAAAGGCCUUCGUGGAGGGCGAAGCCAAGAAACAGGUUUUGCUGGGACUUUUGACCGGGGCAAGUAUUAUCCAUAUUUCUGCACACAUUGAAGCUCAGCAAUGUGGAAUAAUGCUUUCUCCAUGUGUCUCCUCGAGUGUGGAGGAUGAUAUUUUGACGCAAAAGGAUAUCCAGGGCCUUUAUAUGAAAAGUAGCUUGGUUGUUUUAUGCCUGUGUCAUUCUGAGCAAGACGAAAUCUCUCCAGAAUGUGUUGAAAGUUUAGCUCUGUCUUUUCUUGCAGCCGGAGCUCGCUCUGUUCUUACCACACUAAGGCACAGUGAUGAUGAUGCAACAACGGAGUUUAUAAAAGCGUUUUAUAAUCACUUACUGCAUGAAUCAUCAGUCAGGGAGGCGCUAGAGAAGACAAAGAAACUCUUUGAAAAGCACGAUAAAGAGGCGUACCGAUCAUUUGUAAUCCGGGCUCCGUUUACACUCUACGGCGAAGAUGUGAUGUUUCAAAAACAUGACAUCGAAACGAUAAAAGAGAAAUCUCACAAAAUGUUUUCUGGUUUUGUUGUUUUACCACCAUUAGAUGAGCUUACUGGUUCGUUUCAAAAAACACCAUUAGAUGAGCUUACUGGUUCGUUUGAAAAUCUUGAUGUACAAAAUAGAUCUUAG